GUAUUUGAACUUAAAAAAGAAAAAAAAGAAAAGCAGCCCAAUUGUGCAGAAAAACUUAUUCCCCACCCCCGAUCACAAAAGGGAAUGCUAGGGAGGGGUGAUCCAAUCAACCUGCUAACUAUUUUGAAACAAAAGAGUUAGGAUGGUGUAAAAAAACCCCAAAACCUCAGGUAGCUUGGAGACUGUCUCUUUCAACAGAAACUCUCUUGAAUUGCUGCUGGGCUGCAAGUGGAGGUAUGUUCCCUGGUUUUUUUUUUUUUAACUCUGAAAAUAUAUAUAUAUUAUAUAAUGCCGUUUUUUGGCCAUGCUAUCUUAGUAAAUAAUGGUGCAUAUCUUUAUUGCAGUGUGAUCUGUUUAGCAUGGAGCCAGUAACUUUAAGUUGCAGUUCAUCACCAGGCCAAGCACGGUCAAAACAUGAGCGGGUAAAAAUGCUCAAAAGAAAAAGGAAAGAGACAAUUGAAAAGAAAAAUUCACAAGUAUCAGUGACAGAUGGAUGGAUGAAGCCGGGUAAAUAUAUUUUGCUUAUUAGUCUGGUUAAUUUAUGAGGUUUUGUAUUUUAAGUACAUACAUAGCUGUGGGUGAGAAAGCUGGCAAAGUUACGUUUUUGUAAAAUGCUUUCCUCCCCUUCCCCCCCCGUCCCAAGCAGGCAUAUGCAGCCCUUCUGACAAGGCUGUAGUGGGAGCUACAAGGACCCCUCCCCGAGAACCACCAAAGAACCAGGAAUCUGCUUUGAGACCUUUAGCAACGCAAAACAGCACAAGAGUGCAGAUGAAGCAUCAGCCCAGUCCAAACCUCAUUUACGUCAAACCCAAGGACAAAACAAAACACCCUGGUAAAAAACAUCCAUGCAAACACAACUCCAGUUCCUCAGCAGCCACCGCCACGCCAAGCCCUGAGAAAACUGUGAGCGAAAACGCCCACAUUCACAAACCCGGAACAGGCGCUCUAGGGGUUGUGAAUAAAAAAACAAGGAUUGAAAACACCUGCGAUGCCAAGGUAUUGCAACCAUGCAAACACAACUCCAGUUCCUCAGUGGCCACCGCCGCACCAAGCCCUGAGAAAACUGUGAGCAAAAACGUCCACAUUCACAAACCCGGAGUAGGCACUCUAGGGGCUCUGAAUGUGUGCAGAAACACACACAUUCACAAACCCAGAGCAGGCGCUCUAGGGGUUGUGAAUAAAAAACUAAGGACUGACAAAGAUCCCCCAUAUUCUAGUAUUUGGGAAGAGUUUGAUGCUUCAUUCAGAAAACUGAUGGACGCUGUAUCCUCGGGGGUCUAAAACUACGGCAUUCUAAAAAGAUUUGGAAAAAAUAAGACGCUUUGUUCAAAAAACUGAUGGACGCUGAAUCCUCAGGGGGCCUAAAAGAAAGGGGGGCUGGAAAGGGUGGCUCUGAUCAGGCAUGACUAGGUGUGGAAAGGGGUACCCUCUAGGGUGCACGUCAGCUCGUGUGUAAACAAAAGGGCGGACGGCGCUUGGGGGAUAAACAGAUGGCUGCCAAAAAAUUCCAGGCCAGGGUCGCUGUAAAAAUUUUAAAAAGGGCUAAAGAGGUAAUGAGGGGAAAAAAACAAAAAGAGAUGCCCCCUACCAGAGGCUCUCAAACUGGCAUGUCUGAAAAUGGGGAGGCGAAAUCAGACUCUGGUUUAGAAAAUUCCCCAGAGUGCUCUCUAGACGGAGUCCCAUCGACUCCCAAUGACCCUCACGGAGGCGUCUCAGAGUCUGACUCUCAAUUAGUAUCUGACGGAGAAGAUACCAUUGAUGGUUCCGUAGAGGAACCCCCAAGUAACCCUGAAAAUGCAGAGGUGUAUAUGGAGAGAGUGAGAAGUUGGCAACGUGAAUUACCUAGAUUUGGGGGGUCGGUGUAUUGUGAGGAGUUUCGUUUUGUCCAUCUUGAGCAAAUAAAUUCAGCUCAACAGGCUGUUGAAGCCAUACACAGAGGGAUACAGCUAGUUCUUGAUGACGUUAAUGGUAGGGUAGGCCCUGAUGAUUACGUACAGUUACGUUUAGAGAGCCGUCGUUUAACUAACCCUUUGUUUUCAGUCAGAAGAACUAGGGAUGAGCUGUCCGCUGAGGAUUUCUUAAACCAGACCUCAAAGCUGCUUCAGAGCAAUAGAGAAUUGCAUCUCGAUGGGACGUUGCGCCUCGUUGUGACAGUUGUAAAAAAUAGGGGUGGGGGCGCUCGAAGAGUUUUAAAUUCUAUCCUUAGUAGUCAGAUUAUUCAUAAAAAGAGACAAUGUUUAGUAGACCUGACUUACACCGGUACCAAUCUAUGUUUUGCGGGAGGGCUCUUGGCCGUCAUGGCCGGUCAUAAACCUACGGAUGCAGAAUUGUUAGCAGAGGCGAAAAAGUUGCACGAGAAACUGGGGUGGUCAGAUCAAAAAAAGGUUCUGCUCAGUGACGUAGCAAAGUUUGAACAGCAUUUAGGAGUUAACAUACAGGUGGUGCUAUAUGCGGUGAAAGGUGGCUGGGGUUUUUUUAAAACGGGGGGCCCCGUGUACCCUAAGACUUAUUUCAUCCUGUUGCACAAUGAACAUUAUUAUGGGGUUCUGGAUGUGAAAAAGUUGUUCGGAGCAAAAAAUUACUGUGAGUUUUGCCACACGGUGUACAGUCACGACCAUUCUUGCAGGUAUCGUUGCCGUCUCCGCUUGAGCGCAACAUGCUCUGACAACAUGGGUGUGCAGCGGAGGUGUCCUAGCUGUAAACUGUAUUGUCGGUCCAAAGAGUGUUUAGACAGACAUGUCAACUGUGCGUCAAAAAACCAAGUUGAAUGCCUGUCUAAAACUUUGUGCGAUAAGUGUCAGGCGUACGUGGACAAGCGGCACAGGUGUAAAGGGAGGCGCUGUAAGCAGUGUCAGGGUUUGAUCGUUGGAGAUGUAGACGUUCACCUCUGUUUUAUGGACAGCCUUAGAAAGCCCGAAUCAUCAGAAAAGUAUAUUUUUUAUGAUUUUGAAUGCAUGCAGGAGACUGGGUUGCACACUCCCAAUUAUAUUUUUGCGAUGUCCCUAAAGCCGGAAAAAUCCUGGGAAUUUAAGGGUGACGAAUGUCUUUCUAUGUUUGUUAAGACCUUUAUUGGCAAAGAGUUCCGGGACUACACGUUCCUAGCACACAAUUCCAAAGGUUAUGAUGCAUAUUUCUGUGUUAGACAGUUACUGAAGGAAAAGAUGUGCAUAGAACUGAUCACUCAGGGCAGUAAACUAAUGUGUGUGGAAGUUAAGGCCCUUGGCAUUCGUUUUAUAGACUCUUUAAACUUCUUGCCCAUGAAGCUUAGCAAGCUCCCACAGGCAAUGGGGUUUGAAGGUUGCAAAGGAUAUUUUCCACAUUUUUUUAACACUUUAGAAAAUCAAAAUUAUGUGGGGCCUAUGCGCGGUGUGGAGCACUACGGUGUAGAAAGCAUGAUGCCCAGGGAAAAAGCAGAGUUUCUCGACUGGUAUCAAGACCACAGCUCUGAGACUUUUGACCUGCAGAAAGAGCUUGCGUAUUACUGCCAGCAGGAUGUAAAAAUUUUGAGACAGGCUUGUAUCCUAUACAGAAAAGAAAUUAUGAAUAUGACGGAGAAGGUCGAUCUAGUAGAAAGAGAACCCGGUAAAUUCACCGAGAUAAAACUGUGUAUAGAUCCAUUCCAGUACAUAACGCUGGCAUCCGUCUGCAUGGCUAUGUACAGGUUUAUGUUUUUGGAGCCUAACACGGUAGCUCUUCUCCCUCCAGACAACUAUCACAGACAGAAAAAGAGAUAUUUGACACCAUCUAUCCAGUGGCUGUUGUAUAUCUCUCAAAAAGAAAAUAUACAAAUACGGCACGCUUUACAGGGUGGGGAACUACAGGUAGGCCCCUACUUUUUAGACGGUUAUGCCAAUAUUGACAGGGUAUACACAGCCUUUGAGUUUAAUGGGUGUUUUUUUCACGGCUGUGUCGCCUGUCAUUGUGAAAAAGCACAAAACCCUAUGAUGGGUACAACUUUUGGGUUUCUUUAUUACAAGACGCAGCUCAAGACCGACUAUCUAAAAUGGCUUGGUUUUGUAGUGAGGACUCUUUGGGAGCACGAGUGGGUGGUGAUGAAAGAAACAGACAGGGAGCUUGCGAGCUUUUUAAACCGAGCCCAGUUACCCCAACCUCUCAUGCCUAGGGAUGCUCUUUUUGGGGGGAGGACGAACGCCAUCCGUCUAUAUUAUAAACCUAAGCCCGGCGAAGAAAUCCACUAUUAUGAUUUUACCAGCUUGUACCCUUUUGUAAACAAAACCAAAGACUACCCUAUCGGGCACCCCGAUAUAGUUUAUGACAAAUUUGGACCCCUUGCAAAUUAUUUUGGAAUUGCAAAAGUUAAAGUGUACCCCCCACGAGGCCUCUUUUUCCCAUUGUUACCUGUCAGAGUGGGCGGCAAGCUUAUGUUCCCGCUAUGCCGAACCUGCGCGGAAACCGAGCAGCGGGAGACGUGCACCCACACUGAUGAGGAGAGGGCCAUCCUGGGGACUUGGUGCACUGUGGAAUUGAACGCAGCCAUAGCGAAGGGGUACGUGGUGGCUAAAAUCUAUGAAAUCUGGCAUUUUAAUGAAAAAUCUGAUGAACUCUUUUCGGAGUACAUAAAAUUACACCUCCGCCAGAAACAAGAGGCUUCAGGGUAUCCCAGCUGGUGCACAGACGAAGACAAACAAAAUAAGUAUGUUAACGAUUUCUACCAGAAAGAAGGCGUGCUUUUACACCGACAUGAGAUCAGGCUAAACCCCGCUAAACGCCAAAUUGCUAAACUGUUUUUAAAUUCUCUGUGGGGUAAAUUCGGCCAAAGAACCAACCUACCCAAUACCAGCAUCGUGAGAGACCCCGACGAACUCUUUCAGUACCUAUUUUCCCCCAACUACGAGGUUUCAUCCUGUGAGUUUAUCGACGAUGAACCAGCGUGCGUAUCUUGGAAGCAUGCAAAAGACCGUUAUUCUGUCUCUGGCAAUACCAAUGUUUUCAUAGCCUGUUUCACCACCGCUUAUGCCCGCUUAGAACUAUACAGCCUCCUAGACGGAUUGCAAGAGCGGUGCUUGUACCAUGACACUGACUCGGUGAUAUUUGUGAAAAGGGAGGGGGCCUGGAAUCCCCCUCUGGGGGAUUAUUUAGGGGACCUCACGAGCGAGAUCCCACCAGAUCAACACAUCACCGAGUUCGUGUCGGCAGGCCCAAAAACAUACGGGUAUAAACUGUCGGGAGGAAAGGCUUGUAUGAAGGUCAAAGGUAUUACCCUGAACGUAGCAAACUGUGAAAAGAUCAACUUUGACAGUUUGAAAGAUCUAGUCCUGGACUAUUGCACGGGUCUGCGAGAGAACCCCUCAAAAAAGAUAGAGGUGCAGCAACCCUCUAUUGUAAGAAACAAAAAUCAGUGGCAAAUAGAGACAAAAACCCUUAAAAAAACACAGAAAGUCGUUUACAACAAGAGGGUCCUAGGAGAAGGGUUUAAAACCCUGCCCUACGGCUUUUGAAAAAUGGAUACGAGGUGGAAACACCCCUUUUCUGCAAUUCUCGCGGGGCCUAGCAACUGCGGGAAAAGUUACUUUAUAAAAAAUGUAUUGGAUAAUGCCAAACAAACAUUGUCUGUUACGCCUGAGAAUAUUGUGUGGUGUUACAGUUGUUGGCAACCUCUGUAUAAAGAACUGCUCUGUAAAUACCCCUUUAUCAAUUUUGUGGAGGGUCUGCCUGAUGCUUUUGACGGUGACCGUUUGUUUCCUACCAAUAAAGUGAACAUGAUUAUCAUAGAAGAUCUGAUGAACUCCGCUUGUGAAAGCGAUGAAAUCAAGAAAGCCUUUACCAAGUACGUGCAUCACAGGAACCUGAGCAUUAUGUACAUAGUUCAGAACGUAUUUUGCCAGGGAAAAAAGAGUCGCACUAUUAACCUAAACACAAAAUACAUGGUUCUGUUCAAAAACCCCAGGGACAGAUUACAAAUUGCUACACUCGCUCGGCAAAUGUACCCCAGCAAAGCUCAGUUCUUUCUAGAAGCUUUUGAGGAUGCUACCAAAAGGCCUUAUGGCUACCUGGUGGUGGAUUUAAAUGCUUCCACACCAGAAGCUUAUAGGCUAAGAACUGGUCUUUUCCCUCCAGACUGGCCGGCAGUUUAUACUUUAAAAAGAACAACAGGGGUAUAAAAAGAGAUGAAUUAUUGGAAGACCCCUUUUUAGCAGCCGGGGUUGCUGACUGAAAACAUGUCUAGCUGCGUGAAAAGAAACCUGGGCCUUUUAAAGUUGCUUAGCAAAUCGUCCCCACAGCAAAGGAGGGCUAUACUGUGCUCGGCCUCUGACGAUCUAGUAGCAGCCAUCUCAGAAAUAGCGGUCAACACCUUAAAAGGAAACAUACCUUUAACACCGAAGCAAGUGCUGAAAAAGAAACACACGCUUAUAAAAACUUUGUGUAAUAAAAGGGUUUCACUUAAAAGAAAGAAGCGUCUGGUGAAGCAGUCUGGGGGGUUUAUCAGACCCCUGUUAAGU